UGUAUACGAGGGCCUGGUUUGACAUCCAAAGUGCUUCCCAACCCGUACCCAAAGAGAAGAGAGGGCGGCCAUAACUUAAUCGAUUCUCCACUUUUGAUUUCUAUAAUUUCCGACAAAUCCACCAAAAUCCCUCAGCCUCAUCCGUCAUCCUUCAUCCCUCAGUGUGUAGAAGCAAAGAACCAAAGAAGCAACGAAGCAAAGAAGAUGAAGGCAGCUCAGCCUCUGAUGCUAGUUUUGGUGGGUUUGCUUGCGCUUGCAGGAGCACCUUCCACUUCAGCUUCCACAGUGCCAGCUUUCCUCUGGUCCCCUCAUUACCAUAUAGUCAAGGCAGCCGUAAAUUAUCAGACAAUAUCCCCCAAGGAUUUAGCAAAGUCUCUUCUUACCGAAGGUGGCUGGUCCAACGUACUGUGCUCUGCAAACAACGUUCAUCAGCCUCUGGAGCUGGCUCUUGUCUUUGUGGGUCAGGAGUUACAAUCUUCAGAUGUUCCUGCAAACAGACAUGCAGAUCCAGCUCUUGUGGACUUGCUGAAAACCUCUUUCUCAGGAUCCAAUUUCUCCAUGGCCUUCCCUUAUGUUGCUGCACCGGAGGAUGAUUCUAUGGAAAAUUCUUUGGUGUCAGAGAUUUCAGAGACUUGUGGACAGGAUUUAGGACUCAGUAAUGUUGCUUUAUUGGGGUCAUGCUCUAUUGAGGGUGAAAAUGUUCAAAAGCUCACAAAUGUGCAAUCAUUCCAUGAUUACCUUGUUUCAAGGAUGGAGAAGAGAUCCAAUGGGGAAGUAGAUUUGGUUGUGUUCUGCCAUAAAGGAUCUGAAUCUUCCAAAGAACUUGACCAACCACAUUCUGAAGGUAAAGUUUUUUCUGAGCUAGUUAAUUCCUUGGAUCAAUCUGGGGCAAAGUAUGGAGUUCUAUAUGUUUCAGAUCCCAGUAAGUCGAUCCAAUAUCCUUCUCAUCGAGAAUUAGAAAGGUUUCUGGCUGAAAGUGGUUCAGGAAAUGCAUCAGCCAAUUCUACGGCCUGUGAUGAAGUUUGUCUAUUAAAAUCAUCUCUUCUAGAGGGACUUCUAGUUGGAGUCGUGUUGCUUAUAAUCUUAAUAUCGGGCAUUUGCUGUAUGAUGGGGAUUGACACUCCAACGAGAUUUGAGACGCCCCAAGAGUCUUGACUUGUACAUGCGAGAUAACAGUCAUCUGUUAUGGUGCUAGCAAUUGGAUCUUAGGUAACUCAAAGUUGUUGCUUGUUAUAUAUAGUUGCAGUGGGAUGUUACCUUUGUAAUAUUUGUUCACUUUCUCAAGAGCGUUCUGUUAUGUUGGCAAUAAUGAUUUAGGGUUAUUUUAGAAUGUGUAUCCUCAUGAUAAUUUUGCUUUUUUUUUUUUCUAUCGAUUGUCUGGCUGUGUAACUGAUUACAGUACAGAAAAUCUUAUCAGUUUACUACCCUCAA